AUUUCUGCCAUCAACACUUUUUUCUAAGCCGCAGGAUAGCGGACACCUUCGCGCGGAAAGAGCAUGCCUCAAACAGCAGCCGUGGCAUCCAGUGUGCACACACUGCGCAAUGUCACCGUCCAGAUCAACAACCUCACCAGCAAGUACUGUCUGCUUAACCCCAAGGUUUUCAUGGAGACCGGGCGGGUGUUCAAUCCACCCCAGCCCACCGUGCAACCCAUGAAGUCCAAGCUGUGCAGCUUCCACAUGCUCGAAGGCACAGCCACGGGCAGCGUAGGGGUCAUGACCUACGACCUCUUCGUGAAGGGUGGCAACGACCACAUUCAGACCAUGGCCAUCAUGUUCUCUGUGCCCUUCGACUACAACCUGCACAAGAACUGGUUCGCCGUGGGCUUCUACCCCAAGGAGCGUCAGUGCGACCAGGCCCUGUACAAGGAGAUGUACUACAACUCGGCAAAGGACUUUGUGAGGGAGGAGGCCAACGGUUCGGGCAUCCACUUUGAGGGUGGGCACCUGGAUAUCAGGGCCACCAUGUCGGCCGUGGGGAGGGCCGUCAUAAAGGUGGAGCUGUGGGAGAAGCUGCCCGUUGUCCAUCAUCAGUAA